AUGUCUUCCAGCGGCGCCCUCGCCAGCUGCUACACGGAUUCGGUUUUAGGUCCGGACGCGGAGGACGUGUACGGCGCUCGCUUCAUGCCGCCUCCCCCGCACACGAUAGCCCCCGGCAGGCCUUCCUCAGGCGCCGUCGAGCACCACGCCGACUUCUCCUCAUGCAAUUUCACCACCAAAUCCGCCGUCUUCUCCCCGUCUUGGCCGCCGGUUCACCCGCAGGGAAUCUACCACCACCCCUACGCCCACCAAUCGGACCCAAGAUGCGUCGGAGCCCGAUCCUGGAUAGAACCGCUCCCUAACCACGUAUCCCGAUUCGCCGGAUUCUCCCCAGGCCGACGCGCGCCGUUCGACCCGAAACCGGAGCUUUCCCCGCCGAAGAUCCGCGACACCAAGCCAGCCCAGGAGCUUCGGACUCGGGCUCCAGUCGCGGAGGUCUCCGAGGGCCCGGAAACAGCGCAGAGUGGAAGUGAGCUUUCCAGCCACAGCGAGUCCAAAGAGGAGAAACAAGUUGACCCGAGCAACCCGGCAGCCAACUGGAUCCACGCGCGCUCCAGUAGGAAAAAGCGCUGCCCCUACACCAAAUAUCAGACUCUGGAGCUGGAAAAAGAGUUCCUGUACAACAUGUACUUGAGUCGGGACCGUCGUUACGAGGUAGCCCGAAUCCUCAGCCUGAGCGAAAGGCAAGUCAAGAUCUGGUUCCAGAACCGCAGGAUGAAAAUGAAGAAGAUGAAUCGAGAGAGAGGCGGCAAGGAGCACCACUAA